AAAGGACGGGAGCUCGCCACGCGGGGCCGGAGUGCACAGUCGCCGCCAGCGCCGCGGAGCCCGGACCGCCCAGUCCCCCGUCGGCCCCGGAGAGCCGCACGCAGACUCGGCACCCCGCGAGGAGCCCUUCUCCGGAGCCCUUUGCACCCGUCGGGUCCUCCCUCCCCUGCACCCCUGUGGGUUCCUCCCUCCGGAGCCCCUUGCGCCCCCUCGGGAAAGCUCCCCUGCCGCUCCGGGGGCCCUCUGCGGCCAUGGCGGUGGCGCGCACCGCGUCGCUGCUUGGCGGCCUCCUGGCGCUGCUGGCGCUGUGCCCCGGAGGGUGCCCGCAGACGGUGCUGACCGACGACGAGAUCGAGGAGUUCCUCGAGGGCUUCCUCUCUGAGCUGGGGCCCGGGCCACCGCCGGAGGACGACGUGGAGGCCCCGGCGCCGCCCGAGCCCACCCAGCGCGGCCGCAAAGCCCAGGCUGGGGCCAGGCCGGGGGCGGCCGCCGGAGCCCCUCCAGAAAAGGCCAAAGACAAAGGGAAGAAAGGCAAGAAGGACAGAGGCCCCAAGACCACCAAACAGCCCCUGGAGGAAUCUCCCAGGCCACCCAAGAAGCCCAAAGAGAAGCCGCCCAAGGCCACCAAGAAACCUAAGGAGAAGCUGCCCAAGGCCACCAAGAAGCCCAAAGAGAAGCCGCCCAAGGCCACCAAGAAGCCCAAGGAAAAGCCACUUGAGGCCACCAAGAGGCCCUUGGCAGGGAAGAGGCCCUCCGUGCCAGCCAUCUCAGAACCCUCGGAGUGGCCCCUGCCCCCGCCCCCCAGCCCGGGCCCGGAGGAGCGGCUCUGGGAGGCAGGUGAGCCCCCCACACAUGCCUGGCCGAGCCCUGAGGAGGAGGAGUCGGCAGCCCGUGGACAACCCCAAGAGCCACGGCAGGAGGUGGAGGAGGAGACGGAGGUGCCCACACUGGACUACAACGACCAGAUCGAGCGGGAAGACUACGAGGACUUUGAGUACAUCCGGCGCCAAAAGAAGCCCAAGCCGCCCAGCAGGAAGAGGCCCGAGCGACUGUGGCCCCAGCGUCCCGAAGAGAAGGCCAAGGAAGCCGAGGAGAAGGAGCCCCCUGCAGAACCUCUGCUGCCCCCGCUGUCCCCUGACUAUGGGGAUGGCUUUGUGAUCCCCAACUAUGACGACAUGGACUAUUACUUCCCGCCCCCACCGGCCCCGGAGCCCGAUGCUGAGCAGGACACCCACGAGGAGAAGGAGGAGCGGAAAAAGCCCAAAAAGCAGGGUGGCGGCCCCAAGGAGGAGACAGAGGACAAGUGGACUGUGGAGAAGGGCAAGGACGCCCAAGGGCCCUCGAAGGGCAAGGAGCUGGAGGAAGAAUGGGCGCCCACAGAGAAGAUCAAGUGCCCGCCCAUUGGGAUGGAGUCCCACCGCAUCGAGGACAACCAGAUCCGUGCCUCUUCCAUGCUCCGCCAUGGCCUGGGGGCACAGCGUGGCCGGCUCAACAUGCAGGCCGGUGCCAAUGAAGAUGACUACUACGACGGGGCCUGGUGUGCUGAGGACGAGUCACAGACUCAGUGGCUUGAGGUGGACACCAGGAGGACAACCCGCUUCACGGGCGUCAUCACACAGGGCCGGGACUCCAGCAUUCACGAUGAUUUUGUGACCACCUUCUUCCUGGGCUUUAGCAACGACAGCCAGACGUGGGUGAUGUACACCAACGGCUAUGAGGAGAUGACCUUCCACGGCAACGUGGACAAGGACACGCCCGUGCUGAGUGAACUUCCGGAGCCAGUGGUGGCUCGCUUCAUCCGUGUCUACCCACUCACCUGGAACGGCAGCCUGUGCAUGCGCCUCGAGGUGCUGGGCUGCCCUGUGUCCCCCGUCUACAGCUACUAUGCACAGAACGAGGUAGUGGUCACAGACAACUUGGACUUCCGGCACCACAGCUACAAGGACAUGCGCCAGCUGAUGAAGGUGGUGAAUGAGGAGUGCCCCACCAUCACACGCACAUACAGCCUAGGCAAGAGCUCACGUGGCCUCAAGAUCUACGCCAUGGAGAUCUCAGACAACCCUGGGGAGCACGAGCUGGGGGAGCCCGAGUUCCGCUACACAGCUGGGAUCCACGGCAAUGAGGUGCUGGGCCGCGAGCUGCUGCUGCUGCUGAUGCAGUACCUGUGCCGCGAGUAUCGCGACGGCAACCCCCGCGUGCGCAGCCUGGUGCAGGACACACGCAUCCACCUGGUGCCGUCCCUCAACCCCGACGGCUACGAGGUGGCAGCACAGAUGGGCUCCGAGUUCGGGAACUGGGCGCUGGGACUGUGGACGGAGGAGGGGUUUGACAUCUUUGAGGACUUCCCAGAUCUCAACACCGUGCUCUGGGGAGCCGAGGAGAGGAAAUGGGUCCCCUACCGGGUCCCCAACAAUAACCUGCCCAUCCCCGAGCGCUACCUGUCCCCUGAUGCCACGGUGUCCACGGAGGUACGGGCCAUCAUCGCCUGGAUGGAGAAGAACCCCUUUGUGCUGGGAGCAAAUCUGAACGGAGGCGAGAGGCUCGUGUCCUACCCGUACGACAUGGCUCGCACGCCCAGCCAGGAGCAGCUGCUGGCUGCAGCCAUGGCGGCCGCCCGGGGCGAAGAUGAUGACGAGGUCUCUGAGGCCCAGGAGACCCCUGACCAUGCCAUCUUCCGCUGGCUGGCCAUUUCUUUUGCCUCUGCCCAUCUCACCAUGACGGAGCCCUACCGGGGUGGGUGCCAGGCCCAGGACUACACCAGUGGCACUGGCAUCGUCAAUGGGGCCAAGUGGAAACCCCGCUCAGGCACCAUCAAUGACUUCAGCUACCUGCACACCAACUGCCUGGAGCUCUCCAUCUACCUGGGCUGCGACAAGUUCCCCCACGAAAGUGAGCUGCCCCGUGAGUGGGAGAACAACAAGGAGGCACUGCUCACCUUCAUGGAGCAGGUGCACCGCGGCAUCAAGGGGGUAGUGACAGAUGAGCAAGGCAUCCCCAUUGCCAAUGCCACCAUCUCUGUGAGUGGUAUCAACCACGGGGUGAAGACAGCCAGCGGAGGCGACUACUGGCGCAUCCUGAACCCGGGGGAGUACCGCGUGACGGCGCACGCAGACGGCUACACAGCCAGUUCCAAGACCUGCAAUGUGGACUACGACAUCGGGGCCACCCAGUGCAACUUCGUGCUGGCCCGCUCCAACUGGAAGCGCAUCCGGGAGAUCAUGGCCAUGAACGGAAACCGGCCCAUCCUGCGCAUCGACCCCUCGCGCCCCAUGACCCCCCAGCAGCGGCGUAUGCAGAGGCAGCGCCUGCAGCAGCGCCUGCGUCUGCGGGAGCAAAUGAGACGGCAACGCCUCCAGACCACAGCAGGCCCUGUGACCCCAACGACCCCUAUGCCAACCACAGGCACCAUCCCUACCCCUACCCCCAUCCCCACCCUGGCGCCCUGGGACUUGCUGCCUCCGACCUCAGCAGGCUGGGAGGAGACAGAGACCGAGACCUACACAGAAGUGGUGACAGAGCUGGAGGAGCUGGAGCCAGAGGAGUGGGGAGAGGAGGAGGCCACUGGCCCCACAUUCCCCUUCUCCACUGUGGAGACGUACACCGUGAACUUUGGGGACUUCUGAGAGCCUCCCAGGCCUGGCCUGGGCCCAGGGAGCAG